UCCGUCGUAGCCCAAGUAUUAAUGCUUAAAUGACUUAAAUCAAUGAUGAUCAUCUUUGGUUAAAUUGCCAAACUGGUGCAAUCAUUUGAUAAGAGUCAUCAAAAUUAAUUUAAAAUUGUAAAUAUGUGGAGUGAUACGAUUCUGAUAGUUUUCAUUUCUAUUUGCACUGCUCUUUUGGGGGAAGGUCUUACUUGGGUAUUGGUUUACCGAACUGAAAAAUACCAGAAGCUUAAAGGAGAAGUUGAGAAACAGAGUAAAAAAUUGGAGCGACGCAAAGAAAUUCAUGGAGAAUCGCUUGAUAAAUCGCAGAAGAAAAAAAUUGAGCGGGAUGAAGAGAAACUGAAAAACAAUAAUCGGGAUUUAUCGUUGGUAAAAAUGAAAUCUAUGUUUGCGACUGGUUUUGCUUUCACUGCACUUCUCAGCAUGUUCAACAGCAUCUUUGAUGGACGCGUCGUAGCGCAGCUACCUUUCACUCCCAUCUCGUGGAUACAGGGCUUGAGUCACAGGAAUUUAUCUGGCGAUGAUUAUACGGAUUGCUCAUUUAUCUUUCUCUAUAUUCUCUGCACAAUGUCAAUUAGGCAAAAUAUACAAAAGCUAUUGGGAUUCGCACCCUCCCGAGCAGCAAGUAAACAAGGUGGUGGCCUGUUUGGACCCACGCCAGGACAGUUUAAAUGAGAAUAUAUAUACAAAUUUUAUGUAAAUUACACUAAAAAUUUAAUAGAAUUAUGUAGUUUUUAAUAAAAAUAAGCUACACAAAAAUAGUA